AUGUGUAACUUGCAUAUACUACGAACACCGUGUUUGAUGGCCAUUAUUAGCAAAUUAUCAUCGUUUUUGUUAGUCUCACCGGGGAAACUUCAUUUAAUGAUAUUUAGUUGUUUCUUCAUUUCCACCUUGACUUUUACAUACUUAUAUUCGAGUGGACCAUAUUUAUUUGGUAAAAAGAUAAAUUUCGAUGCAGAAUCCAAUGUGGAAAAUGACGAUUAUUUAGACGAUAAUAUGACCGAUAUAUAUUUGGAUAGGAAGUCAAUUACAGGUUUAGGCGAUACAUCGAUGAAGAAUAAUCAUAGUCAAAUGAAUAUACAUCAUGCAUCAAAAAAAUUACUAAAAGUUUAUCAGGAACAAUUGGAACAGUAUACUCGAGCUCUAUUUGUACCAGAGAUACGUGAUCAACAUGUUGUGCUUAGAGUACGAUUAAAACAAUUUGCCAAAUAUUUACAAAGAGAGAACCACACAAACCCAAAACCAUCAUCUGAAAUAAUUAAUCUUACACUCAAUUGUUAUGAAUUAUCGAAUGACAUUAAAACAACUUCACAACAACCAUUUUUCCAAAUAUCUCUUCUAUUAAAUAUUUCAUUACACUUUUCAGUUUUAAUUAAAUCAUUUACAUCUGUACCUCCCUUAUCGUCACCUUUCUAUUCAAUAACAAAGAUUCCCUUAAAUCAACCAAAUCAAAAUAAAAUAUUUAUUCACAUUCCACGAUUGUUUUCCGAAACUAAAUCAUAUCGAUUCACAUUUCAAACCACAGAUCAGCCUAAUAAAACCAAUGUGAUUUGGCCAAAAUGGCCUCUUUCACCGUCAUGUGCUAAACGCUAUGUUGACUACUUUAUUCAAAAUCCAAAACAGUCACAAGUGCCAUAUUUGUCAUGCUCAGUAAUGACAAGAUUAAUACCAAGUGAUUCUACCAAUGAAUUUUCUGCAGAACAAAAAUCAAUUUCACACUGGUUAAAUGUUCAAUAUCAAUCAUCGACGAUCAAUUUCACACAACCACGACGUUUGCAUCCAUUUGAAACGAGUGCCAAUAUUUGUACACCAGAAUUUCAUCAAUGGAUUCAAAGUAAAUGA